ACUUCCUGGAAUUCCCUUAUCAACAAGCGCUGAAAUUCUUUUGUAAAAUGAUUUUAUGUUAUAUACAACAUGGAAACUAAGUAUUUCUGAGCUGUUAAAAAUUUUAUUUUGAAGAUUUCUGCUUUUAAAUACCCUUUUGUAUUUUUUCAAUAUAACCAAAAAGAUCAACGUUGUGAUUUGUCAAGUUUAGACUCGCAACUAUUCCUAGUUUCGUUCGGUACUUUAAAUCGUUCAAUAAACUAUGGGCGAACUAACUAUUGAGUCUUUAGCUACAUUUAAUGCUGAAGAUGCUAAAGACGAAGAAGUUGUGAAUGUAAUCGAGUUUUUGGUUUCUCGGGAACCUGAGUCUGUUUCUGAGGAUUCUAACGUUCAAAUACUCGUAAACGCUCUCCAACAAUGUUUAAACCUAAAAUGUGUCGAACUCGAAGUCGCUACGGAAGAAGUGAUGUCAUUUUCAAAAAUAAACAAAAAGAGAGAAAAGGAGAUGGAACAGGAAGUAAACAGACUUCAGUUAGAACUACAAGAAGCCAAAAAAAAGAGCAUAAGAACAACAACAGGAGAGUCGGUACCUGAAAACCUUAUCAAUAAUAUUCAAAGCUUAGAACAAAUGGUUGAUGAGCUCAGAAGACAAAAAGAAAGUAUUUUGGUGGACCUGGAUAAGGAGAGAAGAAAUUUAGAACAACAGUCAGCAGAAAUGGAAAAUCUGAAAAGAGAUUUACGAGAUUCACAAAGAGAGAGUGGGCUAUUAAAAGAAGAUAAAAAUAAGCUACAAGGUAUGGUACAAAAGUUCAAUGAAGAGCUUAGAGCCAAAAGAGAAGAUGAGGAUAAACAAAGGGAGAAUUUAAGGGCAAAGAACAAAGAUAUGUCUGGUUUACAAGAUGAAAUGAAUAAGUUAUAUGAUGAAAAGAUCACUUUAGAAAGGCGUAUAGAAGACUUAAAACAGGAAAUAAGGGACGGUAGCGAAGAAUUUGAAAAAACCAAAGAAGAAUGCUUCAAAAUGAGACAAUUAUAUACCGAUUCUGAUAGGCAAUUGAAAGUACUCGAGAAUGAAAACGAAAUGUUGAAAGAUCAAAAUGAAGCUCUUCACAAUGCUCAAAAAAACAAAUUGGACGCUGACGACCAAAUUAUGAUUUACGUUAAUGAGAAAGUAGAAAGUUGGACCAAUCUUUUAUCUGAAAAAGAUGCUCAUAUUCUUCGUUUGAAUAGUCAAAUUUCAGACUUAAAAGACCGUCUAACAGCGGCUAAUAUGGACUCCGAAAAAGCAUCUGUUGCUUUGUUAACAAAAGUUUUAGAGGAUAAAAAUAAAGAAAUAGAAAGUCUGACUAAUAAACUAAGCGAUGGAGUAAAUGAAAUGAACGAAGUUAAAGCCGAAAUUGAGGACUUACGUAGAGAAAUUAAUAAGGGCCAGAGUCAGCCUGUAGGAAAGGUUACAAUGAAACUAGCUCAAAUGCAAGAAUUGAUGAAAACUCAAGCAGAACAAUUAAGAAUUGCAGAAGAAAAAGCUGUAGAAGCAGAAGCUCAUGCCGAAGAAAAAGACAGAAGAAUGAAUGAAUUUUGGGAAGAAUACCGUAAUAGAUUCUCUGGUAAUGAUCCGCUGAGUGACGCCAUUACAGAUCUAAAAAGAGUUAACAAUGAGAAGAAAAAUCUAGAGAAACAAUACGAAGAACUAAUUCAACACAUUGAUAAAUGCGAGUGGAAAUUAAAUGAGAUGGCUGAUGAAAAUGAAGCACUUAGGGAAAGACUAGGCUACAAGGCAGAUGAUAAGAUUGACCUUGCAGAUUUUAAAAUGUUAAAGGCAGUUAGAAAAGAAGAAGACAGAGCAAAUAUUAUGAUUUUACAAAAAGAGAUUGAGGGUAAUGAAGAUACCAUUUAUAAAUUAAAGAACCAAAUCCGUCUUCUAGCACGUAGAGUAGGACCAAGUGGUGUUAGAGCGGCUUGGUCUGAAGAUACUGGAGAUAAUUUUAUAGUUUCGGAAACCGUUUCAAAGUUAUCCGCUGAACCAGGAACAGCAGAGAUAUUUAGUAAAAAGCAAAAGAUUGAAAUGGAAAAAUUGGAGAAAAAGUUCCAAAAACUUAGCCUUGAGACUAGCGAAUUAAGGAACAAAGAAAAAGAUCUUUUAGAGGAGAAUAAAGGUUUGCACGAUGGUCUGAAAGAAAUUAAGUCUGCCCUUGAAGAAGAAAGAGUCAAUAGUGGAGGAACUCUCGUGCUAGAAUGCCCAUCAUUAGACAAGAUGCUCACGGCCAUUGAAGCUAAAAAUGUCAUGGGACGUUACGAUGCAACGUUUUACCUUAAAGCUCAAGUUGAUAAUUUGACUGGCCAUAAUGAAGCUUUAAGAAAGGAAUUAAGAGAUGUAAGAUACGAAGCAACAAAAGCAACUGUUCAAUUUGAAAAACAGCAGAAUAAAACAAAUACUUUAGAAGCAGAGUUAAAAUCGCUUAAGGAAGCAGGUGCUGGUGUUCACUUUCAAACGAUUGCGUUGCCCGAAGGAAUGGCUCCAACUAGUUCGGAUGUUAUCGCAUCAUUAAACGAGCAUUUAGUUCAAAUUUUACAAGAGUUGUCACUUAAGGAAAAAAUGCUUGUGGAAAUGGAAGAAUCCCUAGAAGUUUAUAAAAGGAAAUUUGCUGUGGUUCGAACUCAACAGGGUUUAAUAUACAAAGAAUAUAUUGAAAGAAAAAAGGAAAUGGAUAAAGAAUUGGAGAGAUUAAGAAAAGAAUUACAAGACGCCAUUGGUGAGAAAGAAGAAUCAAAGGCAAAAGGAAUUGAAUUAGAUAAUCUAUUGGACUCUCUAUCAAAUGAAGAUGAAAUUAAAAGUCGUUUAGCGGAUUUAACAAGAAAAAUAACUGUGUUAAAGGUUAAUGAAAAAGCAUUGACUAGACGCUUUACAGCACUUUCUGAGAUGGAGCAAACUUGUAGAAAAGAAAAUACAAAGCUCAAAAAUGAAAUGAUUGAGAUGGAAGCGGCCAUAACAGAUAGAAUAAGCUAUUUACAAAGAUAUAAGGAUAUGGCAUCCUUUAAAUUAGCUAGUCUUCAAAAGCGUUUGGAUGAUAGUGUUCCAUCUAAGGAUCUAGAAAGAGCCAAUAAAGAGCACACGGAAUUGACUGAAAAGUACAGGGAUUUAUUAGAGAAAAGUAAUCACUUAGUGGCGAAGAAUGAAGAGAAUUCCGGUUUCGAGGUCGAAAUAAAACGCUUACGAUCUGAAAAUGAUGUUUUCAAACAGGAAUUGUCAACUGAGAAGGAGAAAUUACACGUCAUUGAAGCAGCCUUUGAAAGAUUAAGGAAGGAAGGUCUUGGAAGAGAAGCGACGGAAAUACUCGGGGAUUCUGAUGUAAUUAGUUUGUCAAAGAAAAUAACUACUUUGGAGCUAAAAGAAUUAAACGAGAGGCAGAGAGCUGAUCAUUCUGCUCGAAUGUAUGACCAACAAAAAAUCCAAUUAAGAGAGUUGGAAGAUAGAAAUUUUGAAUUGGAGAGUAAAUUUCGAGAAAUAACUAAGAUGAACCUCGAAUUACAAAAGACUGAAAGGGAACUUCAGGAUGAGCUCGCUAAUUCUGUAACAAAAGAAAUAAGUGAUAGAGAUAGGACAAAAAUUUUAGAAUUGGAAGAGGCAUUGUCUAAAACUAAAUUGGAGGUAGCAACCCUUAAAGACAUUUCCGAGGUUGCCUCGAAUCAAGCCAGAGCUCUAGACCAACAACAGGUUUCGCGUGAUAAGGAAGUAACAUCGCUUCGUCAGCAACUCCUUGACUUCCAAUGUUCGAGCGAUGAGAAAUCUGUUAUCGGUAAAUUACACCGUCAGCUCGUCCAAUUGCAAAUAAGCGAAGGAACUGCAGUUAGGAAAGUUCAAGAUAGUCAUAAAAAGAUUUUAAAACUAGAAGCUCAAUUGUUAAGAACUGAAAGAAAGAUAGAUGAGAAAGAUCAAACCAUAUAUCAUAAUAGACAAGAAUCUCGUACAAAACAACGGUAUCUAAAAACUACACUCCAAGAAUUUCGAAGAAGGUACAGCGGCGCUGUCCCACUACCUACUCAAGAGAAAUUUACAGAAAAUCUAGUUAAACUUCAAAAGGAUAAGGCUAAUGUGGAAGAGCAGCUAAGAUUGACAAAUAUAGACAGAGAUAAAGUGGAAAGUGAAUUACAAAAAGCUAAAUUACAAAGAGACGGAUUGCAAGAGUUAAUAAGCGCCUUAAAGGAUGGAGCGGGAGCGGCUAAGGUGGUGGAAUGGCAUAGUCGUUUGGAGGAGGUUCGAUUGGAAAUGCUUAAACACAAGAGAAACUGCGAUAAAUUACAACAGCAAAUUCAUCAUUUGGAAUCCGUUAAUAAGCAAUACGAAGCAGAGGCUUCAGAUCUCGACGAACAAAAAGUUAGGAUGGAGAAGGAAUUGGAAGCUAGACAGCUGGAAUGGGAACAAAGGGAGGUAGAAUUAGAAAGAACAAUAAUGAAUAUGGAAAAACACCAAGCCGAAAUUGCUUCGGCAGCUUCUCAAUUUGAAUCGGCUGUCGGUGCAAUUCCCGAUACUUCACUUCCAGUUGCCGAACAAUUAGAGCAGGCAACAACAACGAUUAAACGUAAUGUGAAACUCAUAUUAGACGCUCGAGCCGAAACACAGGCAACUAAAAAAAGAAUGGAAGAGCUCGAAAAUAAAGUGAAGAAAUUAGAAUGCGAUGUUACGGCACGCGAUAGAGUAAUUACUGAACUUAGACUACGUCUACCAGCCUCACAAGAACGUGAUGAUGCUAUUGCCAAAGCUACUGCCCAUCUUGAAGGUUCUGCUCCGCCAUCGACAGAUGCAGAUUAUCCGGUUAAAGUUGCCCAAGCAACAGUUGCAUCUCUUCAAGCUCGUCUAGAGCAGAAACAGCAAACUAUUGCAAAAUUCGAUGAACUAUUGAAAAAUGCCAGAGAUGAUCUUCUACAUCAGGCUAAGCGUCACGAGAUAGAAUUGAAAAAUUUGCAAGAACAACUCCACGCUCAAAGAGAAGAUGGUUUGAGGAAACUACGAAAGGCUGCUACAGAGAAAAUAGAUCAGAGCACUCUACCUACGAAUCAACAAUUACGUAGAUUGAAUGAAUUAGAAGACGAAGUUGCUGAACGAGAUAAUUCGAUGGCUGCCCUGCGAGAUAAGUUAGCUAAGUGUAGACAAGAGUGUCACUCGUGGAAAUGUAAGCACGAUGACCUAAUUAAAUCUCAUUCGGCUGAGAUAGAUUCCAUUAGAGAAAACCAUAAUUUGGAGUUGUCGGAAGUAAAGGAACAAUUGGAUAAUAUUGAAGAGGAAGCUAGACAAAAAAGUGACCAAAUUGCUAUUUUGUAUCAGGAAAUCGAGCAUCAAAAGAGGGAAAAUGUAAAAGCCCCCACAACUGCCAUGAAACAACUAGUUGAGCGACUUAAAUCCGAUCUAAAAGAUAAAGAAAAGCAGCAAGCAACCCUUAGUAAAACUCUUCAAGACUUGAGAUCGGAUAUGGUUAAACAAGCCCAAAGUGAAGUUCAAGCCUACGCAGAUCAAACGUCUACCGAGAUUCAUAUAGAGAAGGUUGUUGAUAAGAGGACAAAAGGUCUUCAAGAGGAAGUUGAACAAUUAGAAAAGCAGAUAAUCUCUUUGAAGAAAUCAAAUAAGAUCAUCCAAAAAGAACGUGAACAUAUGGCACUCGCACAAGAAGAAUUUGAAGCUGAUAAAGGGCGUCUGGAGAAACAGGUAAAAAAGCUUAAAAGCGAUAAAAAGAAAUUAGAAGAGGAGGUUGAUGAUCUUGACAAUAAAAUUCGUAGAAUGGGUAAUGUAAGGAAGCAGGGAUUCGUUGCUGGUGAUAAUCAGAGAGAAGUUGAAGAGUUACGCCGAAAAAAUAAAGUAUUACAAGAUGAACUUAAAAGGAAAAUGACCGCCGAAAAACCUUACGAACAAACAAAACCUGAGGCUGUAGCGAAAUGGGAGGAAACUAAGAAAUGGCAGCAAAUGGUUGAUAGACUAAAUACUCGUUUAAAGGACAAAGAUAACGAAGUGGAGAAGCUGCACAAAGAUUGCGACAGAUACAAAGAAGGAUUGAAUAGAGCCAAUCAAGAAAAAGAACAACUUGAAAAGAGAAUUUCAUCUUUAAAAUCUUCCGGUUCCGCUAAACCUAAAACUAAACCCUCAGCUUUUGCGCCAUCUAGUAUUAAAGAGCAGCACUCCUUGGAAGAGUAUAAGAAGAGGAACUUUGAAUUAGAAGAAGAAAUUGCGGAAAUGAAGCGUCAACUCCUGGCUGGAAAGGAAACGACAGUUCAAGAAAUCGAAUUACGCAAUAAAUUCCUUUCUGAGCGUUUAGACGCCUACGAGCAGGAGGCAACAAGACGGACUAUGGCCGGAGAUUCGGAAACCAUCUCAUCCGCUGCACAUAGAACGUUACAGAAAAAAGAACAAAAAUUACAGAGAGACUUUAUUAAAGUUAGUGAAGAGAAUGUGGAACUUAAAUUAGAAAUAGAAAAACUAAAUAAAGACGUACCGAGAUUACGUCAGCGAGUUCACGAUCUACAGCAAUAUGUUGACGUAUUGAAAAUGGAAAAAGAGCAAUUAAGUAUGAACUCGUCAGGUUCUACUGAACGUCUUACAGCAAUUUUGACACCCCCAUCAGGCGUAAGAAGGAUUGGAGAGUCGGGAAAAAGCGCUCGAGAGUUGGAGCGAACAAUUGCCCUUCUUAAGAAAGUUGUUGAAAAAUUGCAACUAGAAAAUGAAAGAUUGAAAAAAACACCUGGAAUAGUGAACUCCGAACAAUUGAAAGGUCUGGGAAAAGAAAAUUCCGCUUUAAGGGAACAACUGGAAGAACUUAGAUCAAAAGUCGGAGCAUCUCUGUCCGAGAGAUACGAAAGCCAGCAAAUGGCUGUUCAAAGAAUAAAGCAAGAUUAUGAAAAAUUACGUAAAGAGUUAAGAAAAGAGAUCGAAACUAACGAAAAGCUGAAAAUGCAAGUUCAGCAAGUAGAGAGAAAUAGGGAUAGAUUGCAUUCUGAUCUCGAAAUGGUCAAGGCUAAAUUGCAUGGGGGCGAAUCGAAAGUUGCUAGUAAAGCAAACAUUACAACUCAUCUCUAUGAAACUAGAAUAAAAGAAUUAGAGGAAGAUCUAGAGAAGAAGGACAAGGUGUUAGCCGAUUCUAAGGCUCUUCUUCGGGAAGCGGCCAUGAGAGAGCAGGAGCUUAUUACGGAUAAUAGAGAUUUACAGCGACAGAUACAAAUAAUUCAAACAGUUCCAACAACCCACGCUGAUGGGGAAACCCUAUCUCUAUUACAGCAGACAAGAAUGGACGUUAGUCGUUUAGAAGAGGAAAAAGGCGAAUUAUUGAAAGAAAUAAGAAAUUUGAGAAGAAGAACGGUCACUGGAGAUAUGCAAGAUAUACGGGAUGACGAAAUGGUAGAGAAAUUAAGGGUUCACGACCAGACUAUAGAGGAUAAUCUCGAUUUAAGAACUAAAUUAAGAGCAGUUGAACUAGAAAGGGAUCAAUUAAACAACCGAGUAGGAAAAUUAAAUAAAGAAUUGGAAAAUUUUGGACCAGCAUUUUUCGAGGAGAUAGAAGAUCUUAAAUAUAAUUAUAAACAAGCUGUGGAGAGAAACGUACGUUACGAAGAAGAGCUUAAACGAAUAUCGACACAAUUUGAUAUACCUAUUGACAUUCAAUCAUUAUAG